CGCACGAGAUGGCGCCAGCGGAGGCGGCGCGGCGAGCUCGUUGAGCGAUCGUCGGCGGCGGCACGAGCAGCAGCAGCAGCAGCAGGCAGCAGCCACCGCCGCCGUCGCCGCCAGCGCUGCUCUCAGCAAGGGCCGGCGCAAGAGCCACAGAGCUGCGUGGCUGUCCGUAGCGGGAGGGCGACGCUGUUACGUCAGUAGUUGGUGCGCAUCGUACUUAUACAAGCCUUUCCGCGCAGAGUGAUCUCUUCCUGAGGGAGUCAUCAUGGCGGACAGAGGAAAGGACGACCAGUAUGGACGAAGCGACAGCUACCGGGUUGCAGUUAACCCGAGGGUUCCAGAUGACGGCCGGACACCAGACGGGCGGCCUAGGGCUCGGCGGAAGGCAACAAAGAAGGAACAGGACUUGGAUGACCUCAAGCAGGAAGUGCACAUGGAUGAGCACAAAAUCCCAAUCGAAGAACUUUACGCACGACUUGGCACAAAUCCAGCCACAGGCCUCACAUCACAACAAGCUAGGGAAAUUCUUGAAAGGGAUGGCCCAAACUCUUUAACGCCCCCUAAGAAAACGCCAGAAUGGGUUAAAUUCUGUAAGAACCUCUUUGGAGGUUUCUCCUUACUACUGUGGAUCGGCGCGGCACUCUGCUUCAUCGCGUAUUCCAUCCAGGCAGGCACGUUCGAGGAACCGCCCGACGAUAAUUUGUACUUGGGCGCAGUAUUGGCCAUUGUAGUUAUUGUGACAGGUUGUUUCUCCUACUAUCAAGAAGCCAGGAGUUCAAAAAUUAUGGAGUCUUUCAAGAAUAUGGUCCCACAGUAUGCCGUCGUGAUCCGCGAUGGACAGAAGUUGCAUCUUCCUGCUGAGGAGGUGGUGGUGGGAGACGUAUGUGAAGUAAAAGGUGGUGACCGUAUUCCUGCUGACUUGCGGGUCAUCCAAGGACAAGGCUUCAAAGUGGACAAUUCGUCCUUGACCGGAGAGUCUGAGCCCCAGACGCGCUCGGGAGAGCUUACGAACGAAAAUCCGCUGGAAACGAGGAACUUGGCAUUCUUUUCCACCAACUGUGUUGAAGGUACGGGUAUGGGCGUGGUCAUAAACACUGGUGACCGGACUGUUAUGGGCCGAAUUGCGAACCUGGCCUCUGGCCUUGAGAUGGGCGAGACGCCCAUUGCCAGGGAGAUUGCCCACUUCAUCCACCUCAUCACUGGAGUGGCAGUGUUCCUGGGAGUAACCUUCUUCGUGAUUGCCUUCAUCUUGGGCUACCACUGGCUAGAUGCCGUCAUCUUCCUUAUUGGCAUCAUUGUGGCCAAUGUGCCCGAAGGUCUCCUGGCCACUGUCACCGUGUGUCUCACCCUUACUGCCAAGCGAAUGGCCGCCAAAAACUGCCUCGUGAAGAACUUGGAAGCAGUAGAGACCCUUGGGUCUACCUCAACCAUCUGCUCCGACAAGACUGGCACCCUGACACAGAAUCGAAUGACUGUUGCCCACAUGUGGUUCGACAACCAGAUCAUUGAAGCUGACACCACAGAAGAUCAAUCCGGAGUUCAGUACGACAGGACCUCUGCUGAAUGGAAAGCUCUUGCCCGCAACUGCUGCCUCUGCAGCAGGGCAGAGUUCAAGGCAGGCCAGGAGAAUGUCCCGAUCCUUAAGAGAGAGUGUGCAGGUGAUGCUUCGGAGUCUGCCAUUCUCAAAUGCAUGGAGCUUGCCAUAGGCAACGUGGCUGCCUACAGACAGCGUAACCCUAAGGUCUGCGAGAUCCCCUUCAAUUCCACCAACAAGUACCACGUAACUGUGCAUGAGACUGAAGAACCUGAUGACCCGAGCUACAUCCUGUUGAUGAAGGGCGCCCCUGAGCGCAUUCUCGACCGCUGCUCCACCAUCUUCAUCGGUGGAAAGGAGAAAGUACUCGACGAUGAGAUGAAGGAAGCCUUUAACAACGCCUAUUUGGAACUGGGAGGCCUUGGAGAGCGUGUCAUUGGCUUCUGUGACUACAAGCUGCCGACAGACAAGUACCCGCCAGGAUAUCCGUUUGAUGCCGAUGAACAGAACUUCCCUCUCACUGGACUUCGUUUUCUUGGUCUCAUCUCCAUGAUUGACCCGCCACGUGCUGCUGUGCCUGAUGCUGUUGCCAAAUGCCGGAGUGCCGGCAUCAAGGUUAUCAUGGUGACUGGUGACCACCCGAUCACUGCCAAAGCCAUCGCCAAGGCUGUUGGAAUCAUUUCCGAGGGUAAUGAAACCGUGGAGGAUAUUGCGCAGCGACUGAAUGUGCCCGUUGAGGAAGUAAACCCACGGGACGCCAAGGCGGCUGUAAUCCACGGCUCGGAACUGAGAGACAUCAGCCCUGAACAGUUGGACGACAUUCUGCGCCACCACACCGAAAUAGUCUUCGCCCGAACCUCGCCCCAGCAGAAGCUCAUCAUUGUGGAGGGAUGCCAACGGCUGGGAGCCAUUGUGGCCGUGACUGGGGAUGGCGUUAACGACUCGCCUGCCCUCAAGAAGGCCGACAUUGGUGUCGCCAUGGGUAUAUCUGGGAGUGACGUGAGUAAGCAGGCAGCAGACAUGAUCCUUUUGGACGACAACUUUGCCUCCAUUGUCACCGGUGUUGAAGAAGGUCGCCUGAUCUUUGACAACCUGAAGAAGUCCAUUGCAUACACUCUUACCAGUAAUAUUCCUGAAAUCAGUCCUUUCCUGUUGUUCAUCUUGGCUGAUGUGCCCUUGCCUUUGGGAACCGUAACCAUCCUGUGCAUUGACUUGGGAACAGACAUGGUGCCUGCCAUUUCCCUUGCAUAUGAGAUGGCAGAGAGUGACAUUAUGAAGCGUCAGCCCCGUGACCCGGCUAAGGACAAACUUGUGAACGAAAGGCUGAUCUCUAUCUCGUACGGUCAGAUCGGAAUGAUGCAAGCCGCAGCUGGAUUUUUCGUUUACUUCGUGAUCAUGGGCGAAAAUGGCUUCUGGCCAAGCAAACUGCUUGGUAUACGCAAGCACUGGGAUUCCAAAGCAGUCAACGACCUCAUGGACUCAUACGGCCAAGAAUGGACAUACAAGAACCGCAAGACCCUGGAAUAUACCUGCCACACAGCAUUCUUUGUGUCUAUCGUUAUUGUGCAAUGGGCUGACUUGAUCAUCUGUAAGACAAGGAGGAACUCUAUUGUCCACCAAGGAAUGAAAAACCAUGUCUUGAACUUUGGAUUAGUUUUUGAGACUGCCUUAGCUGCAUUCCUCUCGUACUGCCCAGGCAUGGACAAAGGUCUCAGGAUGUACCCGCUGAAAAUCAACUGGUGGUUACCCGCACUGCCAUUUUCCCUCCUGAUCUUCGUGUACGACGAGAUCCGUCGCUACAUUUUGCGCCGCAACCCAGGAGGAUGGAUCGAGAUGGAGACCUACUACUGAACAUUGCCCACGCAUAGUCUUCUUAUCUCUCUCUCUUCAACAGACCUUCUUCGUUUCACACUUUAUAUUUUUUUUUUCAACGAACCUUCGUUUUACCAUCGCAUUUUUUCUUUUGAGAAAAACAAACGAAAGUGGGGUGGGGGGCUGCCCUGCCCCCUCCCUUCCUGGUAUGGAUGAGGAAAAAAAACUAUGUACCAAGCCAACCAACAAAAGCUGGCACAAGCGCGGCACACUUUUCGCGUUAGUAGCCUUAGUGUUGUUGUUGCUAGAAGGCGAGAAGGAGAGAGAGAGGGGAGGAGGGAAGUAUUUGCUGCACCUUCGUAGUUUGAGACGCUUGGGGGAAGCUGCUGCGGGAAGGAGGGAUAGAGAGAUAGAAGGAACUGAAUGAAAAAGGGAGGGAAGGAAAAAGGAAAAGGAACUGCGCCGAGGCACAAGUGCUGUGUGCGGUAGCUGCAGACGAAGUGCGGGGAGGACCGAAACUGCAGCUGUCUCCACACCACUGCACAUGGAGGAAGGGAAGAUGGGAGGCGUAGAAACCGGCCACAUGCCAUGGCCAUCCUCGGCCGCGCUUCAAAGAUCGGCGCACAAGGAAGUGCCCCUUUUCGGUCGUCUCGUCGAGACCGCCACCACUUGCUGCAGUAACUGCCACCUCCCGACCGACUGCCGCCGCGCCCUGUUCAACGAUCACCAGAAGAGAAGGUUGGGGGAGAGGUGUAGGGGAGAGAACACUGCACCGAGCGCGUCCAACCUUUUCCAUUCUUCCUUUUUCCUCCCUUUUAACCGCUGCCAGUCCCUUACUUCACCACAACUGUUCCCACCAGCCUUUUCUUUCUUUCUUCGGUGUCUCAUCUCUGUCUGAAACUAGUGUCUCACAACGGAGAGUGCUUUUCUUUAUUUUUUGGUGUAGAUACUGUUUUUUCCUCAUGAUAUCACUACUAUAAUUAUUUCAAUCGUUUUCUCUUGCCUUUUCCUUUUUCUUUGCUGACGGGUGUGUAACGUACCAGUGCUCUUAUUACUGCUACUACUACUGCAUCAUCCCAUUAUCAGGUUUUUUUUUUUUUUUCUUCCUUUUCCUCUUUGUGUGUCGUGUACCAUACAAAUUUUACCCUGCCCUCACAUUGUUUGUUGUUUCUUUUCUUGUGGGGUAUUUGCAUGAAGUGGUCGGUACAAGAGAAAAUAAAGGUUACAUAAAGGCAAGAUAAAAUGGACAACUGAGGGAAGAAAAAAUAGCUUUGCUUUCGCUUGAGGCAAGCUGUUUUGGAGGAAAAAGGGGGGAGAGGGUUUGGGUGUAUUGUUUCGUUUUAGAGAGCUUUUGAGCAUGGUGUUCUUAGUUGCAAAGUUGCAUCCGCAAUUACCGCAGCAGGAACCCUAAACGUAAAUACUAGCGAGCGAGUUCACAUGCAAGUCGGGGUGAACAUUCCACAUUUGCCUCUCCCAGUUUGUUUUUUGUUGUUCAAUGUUUUGCUGCCACUCCCCGAGCCACUUUCCCUUUCCCAUCACACCUCUUUCCUCCUUUCCCACUGCCAUUCUUUGGUCCCUUGCCACCGCUCAUCACCUUGAGAUGCUUACAAAAGAGAACCUCCGCACACAGGUAUAUACACGCAACCAACCAAUGUGUGUUAGUUCUCUAACGUGCUCUUAUCUUUUCUUUUGCUGCUACUUGAAACAUGCAGUCUUUUAUUUCUUUUUUGCAUUACAGCGUUUUAUCUCUGUUUUCUUAGAGUUGUGAGAAUGUUUCUUUCUUGAAAUUUCGUUCACAAGGUGAAGUAGUUUGUUGGCCUAAGGAAGAGAUAGGAGAAGGCUAAUUCGUCCUCCUGUGUCGUAGGAGAGAGUCACACCAGAUCAGAGACAACAAUGAUGUUGUUCAUGACCGGUACCCGGUGCAGCUAGGUAAAGAAAAAAAAAAUCCUUCGACAUUUUGGUAGCGUGUAUUGUAGAGAAUUCAUACAACUCUAGGUAUAAAUGGUGAGAGACAUAGAAACACAUGCCACCAUCAAGGUUAUUGUUGCUAUUGCUAACCGUUACGCCUUUCCCCUUUUCUCUUUGCUGCUUGUUUAUGUUUGCUCUGUGUGAUGCGGCAGGUUGUGUAACAGGUAGAUUGUACCAUUCUGAGCAGAGUUUUUUGUCUGGGAAAGAUUGUCUAUGAUGGCCACGCCUGGUCUCUUGUUGGUUUCUCGUUACGUACAUGUACUAUUGCAUUUCACUAGUGUAACGCUUAUUUUUUUCUGCUUGUGCUUUGUCAUAGUUUCCAUUUAAAUGGCAAAAAAAAAAAAGAUACAUUGUUUCUUGCACACUCUGAAGCAAGGGCAGAAUUGGUGAGCCACGCGUGUUGAGGCUUCAGGGAUUACUUUUCUCGGCCAGUUUGUGCAUAGCACUUUGGACUGUUCUGCUGCUCUAUUGAGGUAAUUGGCCCGGAAGCCUGGUUUCCUUCAUGAGUCUUAAUGUUUGUUUCACCCGGAGAUUGGCUUGGCGCUGAAAUUUGAUUGAAAUGAAAAAAAAAUAAAGGAAAUGGAGAAGGGGUGCAAUGUCCAGGAGUGGCCUCCGUAUGUGGGAAGAAGUCUAGGUCACUGCAAUUCGCAUGUAGUGCUUCCUUUUCUUCAUUAUGCCGAGCAUCUUUAUAUGCUUUGCCACAACUCCUUUUUUUUUUUUUUGCUCCCUUUUAGUGUUGUGCUACAUCUUAGGUGCAUCACGUCCUUGUAAAAUUUUUUUUAAUGUAGUUUUGUUUAAUCCAAAGCAAGCACUGUGCUUGUUCGGCCUCGCAUGUAAACAGCAAGAAAACAACUGAGGUGUCUUGAACAUCAAAACGAGUAUCAAGGAUGCAGUUUACAAGACAGACUUCCGUUUCAAUUCGGCCAGCGUAGUCCAACUUGCAUGUGUUGUGUGGCGAAUUGAUAUGCGGCGUCGGCUGUGCAUUCAGUUCUUUGUUGGUUUGGUAUCACUUACGCAUUUGUUUCUGUUGCCCCCAUUGUCUUUGCACGAGGCAUCUCUUUUAGUGGGAGUUUUCCUGUGCCGCGCGUACCACCAUUUCACAAUGAAGUUGUAUAGAAUUAAGAAAUAUUGCUCUAUAGAAAGCUGUAAAGAAACACAUGCUAUAUAUUAUACAUAACAUAUAAAUACGUACCAAUUGCAUUUUUUUUUUUACUGUCAUAUAACUUGCCACAUGAAAGCCUUUUUUUUUCCUUUUUUUUCCUUCUUGCGUUCUCGUUUUUGCAUUUGAUGGGGCGAAGGAAAACAGCAGGUGCAGAUAGGGAAACUUCCUUUGUUUGCUCUGCGUGUGCAAUGAAAUGAUGAUGGUACAAAGAAAAAAAAUUUGUGCGAGGACGGAAUAUUUUUACGGACACUUAUAUCUAGCACGCAUUUUUAUUGUAUGGAGAAGUGGAGUAGCUGGUUCGAGGAAUAAAACGAAAUGAAAUGUU